AUGGGUUUCGGUUCUUGGUUUAUGAACAAGGCUUACACCUUUGGUAAUGCCUUCUAUGAUUUGGUCAUGACACGACAAUCGGAUCGUGUUGUGCACAAGUAUGAAAAGAUGAAUAAGAAUUUGCCUCCAUAUGUAGCCUUGAAAACAAGUGUUACUUCUCAUUCCGUUGACGACAAGGAAAACAAAAUUAUUAUCAAUUUAGAGAAUAACUUCCGUGUAGUUCUUCAAUGUAUCGACGGGAAUAUCUGGAAGGUGUCGUUCAUUCCUCCAGAAACAGUCGAGUUUCCAUCUUUGAUUGUAAAUAUUGAUGGAAAAGUGAACCAUGUUGCUGUAAUGCUUGACGAAGAAAAUGAAAAUUUUGUUUCUUUCAGACCGGUCACUUCUGACGCGACAAAAGUUAAAAUUUUCAAAAAAGAUUUUUCUAUCGACAUUCUAUCGAAAUUUAGUGACAACACAUUUGUACCAUCAUUUAGAGGUAUUGGGUUUGCAACAAGGCCAAAUAAUCAACAACCAACUAAUGUAUCAUUUGGCUAUUGUGACGAAGUUAAAUGCCUUGCAAAUGAAUGGUUUGGUCUUGGAGAAAAAUCAAAUAGCGUCAAAAAGAACGGAAGAAAGUAUUUGUUCUGGAAUUUUGAUUCAUUUGGUUAUGUCAGUGAUUCCGAUCCUCUAUAUCAAAGCAUACCUUUUGGAAUUAUUUCUUCGAAAUUUGAGAUCGCUCCUGGAAAGACUGAAAGAAGAUUUAAUGGUAUAUAUAUUGACAAUUAUGGAUUACAACAAUGGGAUCUUACAUCAAAUGACAAAUUUUCUGCCAACAUGGAAAGUUUACCUUGCAAUAUUUAUUUCAUGGCAAAUAGCGCUAAAAACGCUUUUGAAAUUUCUAAAUGUUAUGAAAUGUUGACUGGUACCAACCCAAUGGUACCUCUAUGGGUUUUGGGAUAUCAUCAAUGUAGAUGGUCCUAUUAUCCUGAUACUCAAGUCAAACAAAUUGCCCAAGAGUUUCGUGAUCGUGACAUUCCAUGUGACGUUAUUUAUCUUGAUAUUGAUUAUAUGGAAGGAUAUAGAGACUUUACUUGGAGUAAGACAGAUUUUCCAAACCCCAGAGAAUUGUUGAAGUGGCUUCAUGAUAGAAAAUUUAAAGUUGUUGUCAUACUUGAUCCAGGUGUUAAAAUCGAUCCGAAUUAUGAUGUCUACACAACAGGUGUUAAUGGCAAUCACUUCCUUGCGCAUCCAAAUGGAAAGCUCUACGAAGGCGUUGUAUGGCCUGGAGCCACUCACAUGCCUUGCUUCACUUCUUCACCAGUAAGAAAAUGGUGGGGUGAUUGGUAUAAAGGCCUCAUUGAAGACGGAGUUGAUGGUUUUUGGAACGACAUGAACAGUCCAGAUGUUAAGGUGACACCUAUCGAAGCAGGAACUAUGGAUGAUGAUCUCAUUCAUGUCAUGGAUGAACCCUAUCCAAGCCCUCAAUUCCACAAGGACGUGCAUAAUAUUUAUGGUAGUGCCAUGGCUGUCGCUAGUAGAGAGGGUAUUGAAAAAUUCCAAAGACCGCUCAACAAACGUUCCUUCCUUUUCGCUCGUGCUUGUUUUGCUGGAAUUCAAAGAGUCGCCGGUACAUGGAGUGGUGACAAUCAGUCCACAUGGGAACAUUUAGCAAUCUCCUUGAGAUUAUUGAUGGGUCAAAGCAUUUGUGGUCAAUUGAUGGUUGGCGCUGACAUUGGUGGUUUUAGAUGGAAUUGUGCUCCUGAGCUUUAUGCUCGUUGGAUUGCAUUUGGAUCAGUGUUUUACCCAUAUUGCAGAACUCAUACUGACAAAUUCACAAUACAACAAGAACCAUGGUCAUUCGGAGAAGAGGUCGAAGCAAUUUCAAAGAAAUUUAUUCGUUUGAGAUAUCAAUUAAUGCCAUAUCUGUACACAUUGGCUGCUUUAACAAGUAAGAGAUCCAUCCCAAUGAUUAGACCACUCUUUUAUGAUUUCCCUAAUGACGAGGAGGUUUAUAAUGCAGAGCAUUUGGAUACUCAAGGAAUGCUUGGUUCAUGUCUCAUGGUUGCUCCAAUUCUUAAAGAAAAACAAACAUCAAGAAAAGUUUAUUUGCCAAAGCUUGAAGAAGGCAAAUGGUAUGACUUCUUUAAUCCAGAACAAUCCUAUGAAGGAGGACAAGUCAUCACUGUUCAAGCUCCAAUUGAUCAUUUACCACUAUUUGCACGUGGUGGCUCAAUAAUUCCAAUGAGAGAAAAGUCAACUACAGCUGUCUAUGACUUGCAUUUAGAAAAGAUGAUCUUUAAAUCAUUUGGAUCAAAAGUUUCUUGUCUUACUAAUUAUCUCUAUCUCGAUGAUGGUGCUACUUUGGACUAUGAGAAUGGAAGUUAUGGUCUUUACGAAAUUGAGAAUGCUGAAGGACAGUUGAAGUUAAUGGAAGGAAAUGGCUAUCCAACACAAUUGCAAAUUGGAAAGGACUUUGAGACCAUCGAAGAAUUUAAUGCCAAAUUCUAUUGA